UCCAAAAUGUUCGGUGGUCUCUGUUGAUGUUCCUACAAGUCCAUGCGACGAUGGCCACCAAGCCCGUAGAGUGGGUUUCGUCGCUCAUCACACGUUUCGAAGAGCAGCUCCCAUGCCGGAGUGGGCCUCAGACAACACACUCCCGCAUCAACGUGGAACAGAACAAGGAGUGCCUCAUCAACAUCAGCAAGUCCAAGUUCUCUCUGGUCAUCUCGGGGCUCACCAAAAUUCUCCACUCGGUCAAUGAUGUGUUUGUCUACCAGAGGUCACACAGUCCAAUCCAGCCAGAGUUCGAGAAGAACUUCUACGAGUCGCAGCUCAUUGUGCUGGACACACUCGAGAAAUGCCUCAGCACGCAACCCAAGGAGACAACGCGGUACGACGAGACCAUGAACGUCAAGGCACUGCUCCGCGAGCUCUGCCAGUUCAUAGACAUGCCAGACAGCCCCAUGGUGGUGCCACUGAAGAAUUUGGCCUCCAAAGUUCUGUUUGCCCUCAGCCUCAACAACUUCAACGCCGUCUUCAACCGCAUCUCGGGCAGGCUUCACGAGCUCUCCAAUGCCAACGAGGAGAUGACAGACUUCAGUGAUAUCGAGCUCAUCCAGCACAUCAACGUCGAUGUGACCAGGCUAAUCAAGCUACUCAACGAGAUCCACUCCAAGUUCAGGUCACUGCGCAAGAAUGCCCAUCUCUGCCUCAUGAGCAACUUAGAAAAGGCAAUCUGGAAUUGGAUGGACACGUAUCCACACGAGUUUAUGGAGCUGCAGAACAAGCCCAACGAUGAGCUGAUGCGUGCUGACCGCAUGUUUGAUGUGCUGGACAGCUUUGCGGAGAACAACAAGCGGCGGGCCCAGGCUUGGCCCCUGCAGAUCAUGCUGCUGGUCUUGUGCCCUAUUAUCCUGGAGGAAAUAGUGAAUGCCGACUCUGGGGCUCCCUGUUCGCAACGCCAUCUGAAGAAGAGGCAGUUCAUUGACAAUGUCAAGAAAGCCCUGGUGCCACACGGCACCAGCAAGCAGCUGACGGAAGCUGCAGCCGUGACAUGCGUCAAGCUCUGCAAAGCGUCCACUUACAUCAACAUCCUGGACAGCAACAACGUCGUCUUUGCCCUCGUCCAGGUGGUCAUCAAUGACCUCAAGCUGCUGCUGUUCAACCCGGCCAAGCCAUUCGUCCGCAGCCAGGCCACGGUGGCCCAGGACGUGGAGCUCAUGACCGACUGCUUCGUCUCCUGUUUCCGCAUCAACCCACACAACAACGAGGCACUCAAGGUGUGCCUGCACGCGGGUGGCCCCACCUGGACCUACCAGCACGUGCUGCUGGGCUCCCUUCUGCGGGUGGUGAGCCAGCCGCGGCUGGCCUGGUGGCCCCAGGUGGACCUGCUCUACUCCAAGGCCCCCGAGCUGCGGCACAUGUUCACCGACACCCUGAACCGCGUCACCCAAGGGUUCGUCACGCACGGCGGGAGCUCCUCGGGGGGACCUGCCAAGAUGAUCCCCAGCCUGACCCUGAAGGAGAAAGUGAGCACGCUCAAAUUCAAGGAGAAGACCGAGGAGCAGCUCUCCUACAAGAACCUGCUGCUGCUCAUGGUGCGGCUCAUCCAUGCCGACCCCAUGCUCAUGCUGAACAGCCAGGGCAAGGCGGGCCACGAGGUGCAGAGCAGCACGCUGGAGCUGAUCAACGGUCUGGUUUCACUGGUGCACCAGCCGCCCAGCAUGCAGGACCUGGCGCAGGAGGCCAUGGAGGCCCUGCUCGUGCUGCACCUGCCCGAGCACAUCGAGCGGUGGAACCCCGAGGCACCCAUCAACACCUGCUGGGACCUCUCCUCACAGGCACUGUUCUCCAUCUCACAGAAGCUGAUCCAGCACCAGAUCAUCGGCUACACAGACGUGCUGCGGUGGCUGCGCGAGGUGCUGCGGUGCCGCAAUGCCUUCCUGGCACGGCACCGCGAGUAUGCCAACCUGGGCUCCCAUGUGCCCAUCUGCAAGCAGGCGCACAUCAAACUAGAGGUGGUCUUCUUCAUGUACCUCUGGAGCGUUGACAUCGACGCCGUCCUCGUCGCCAUGUCCUGCUUCGCCCUGCUCUGUGAGGAGGCUGACAUAAGGUGCGGACAGGACGACCUCACCGUCACCUACCUGCUGCCAAACUACCACGUCUAUCAAGAGCUGGCCACUGCCAGCACUGUGCUCACCACUGGUCGCGCAGUGCUGCAGAAGCGGAUCAUGGCCUUGCUCAGGAAGAUCGAGCACUGCACCCAGGGAUGCUCCCUGGCGUGGGAAGACACGUUCAUGAACUGGGACGCGGUGACCAAGCUGCUGGUAAGCUACCCCAAGUCCAAGCUGGAGGAAGGCCAGAUGAUCUGCGAAUCGCUCCACCGCACCAUUGGCAAGCGGCGUGCCUCCCACCAGAGCACCGAGCACGAGCUCGAGGACCAGCUCAACGAGUGGGCGAACAUGACGGGUUUCCUGUGCGCCCUCGGGGGCGUGUGCCUGCAGCGCAGGUCACCGUCCUCGUCCUCCCGGGCUCUGGUGCCUGCUUCCCGGUCGUCACUCUACGGCGGAGGAGGAGGGGGAACCGGCACCCUCACUUCCCUGGAUGCACGCACCAAGGGAGGAGGAGCAACGGCUGGGGUGGCCGGAGGAGGUGGCGGAGGAAUGCUCACGCCAGGACAGGACAUCCAGUUCUGCCCCGUCACUCAGUUUGUGGGUCAGCUGUUGCGUCUGCUGGUGUGCCACAACGAGAAGUUUGGCACCCAGAUCCAGAAGCACGUCAAGGACCUGGUGGCUCACGAGAUGAGCCCAACCCUGUACCCAAUCCUCUUCGACCAGAUCAAGGCCAUCGUGGAGAAGUUCUUCGAUCCCCAGGGGCAGGUGACUGUGAUUGACACCAACACGCAGUUCAUUGAGCAUGUCAUCUUCAUCAUGAAGAGUGUGUUUGAAAACCGGGUGGACCACACCACGGAGCACCUGGGUGUCACCAGCAUUGAAGCCAUGAUGCUCACCAUCGUCAGGUACGUGCGGCACCUGGACACAACAGUGCACGCGCUGCACAUUAAGACCAAGCUGUGCCAGCUGGUGGAGGCAACCAUGGCCCGGCGGGACGACCUGGCCUUCCGGCAGGAGAUGAAGUUUCGCAACAAGCUGGUCGAGUACCUCACCGACUGGGUGAUGGGCAACAGCCACCAGAUGGCGCCUCCGGGCUGCGGGGACGUGACGGCCAUCACCCGUGACCUGGACCAGGCGUGCAUGCAGGCAGUGGCUGCACUCUUGCUGGGCCUGCCCCUGCAGCCAGAGGAGAGCGACCGUGGCGACCUCAUGGAAGCCAAGUCACAGCUCUUCCUCAAGUACUUCUCGCUGUUCAUGAACCUGCUCAACGAGUGUAGUGAAGCGGCGCCCGACGAAAAGGACGUGGGCCGCCACCGGCUCCAGUCGUCCAAGUUGGGCGAACUGCGCACCUGCACCAUCCAGGCCAUGUCCAACCUGCUGAGCGCCAACAUCGACUCUGGCCUGAUGCACUCCAUUGGCCUGGGCUACCACAAGGACUUGCAGACGCGAGCAGCCUUCAUGGAGGUGCUCACCAAGAUCCUGCAACAAGGAACUGAGUUCGACAUGCUAGCCGAGACAGUGCUGGCCGAUCGGUUCGAGCAGCUUGUCCAGUUGGUCACCAUGAUUGGCGACAAGGGCGAGCUGCCAAUCGCCAUGGCCCUGGCUAGUGUUGUUAUCACCCCACAGAUGGAUGAGCUGGCUCGCGUGUUUGUGACCCUGUUCGACGCCAAGCACCUGCUGUCUCCGCUGCUGUGGAACAUGUUUUACAAAGAGGUGGAGCUGUCGGACUGCAUGCAGACGCUGUUCCGGGGCAACAGCCUGGGCAGCAAGAUCAUGGCCUUCUGCUUUAAGAUCUACGGGGCCUCGUACUUGCACAGCCUGCUCGAGCCCCUGGUGCAGCCCCUGCUGCUGGCCGACGGACCCAGCUACGAGGUAGACCCUGCACGGGUCGACGAGCACGAGGACGUCGAGGAGAACCGGCGCUCCCUGCUCCAGCUCACCCAGAAGGUCUUCAACGCUGUCAUCUGCUCUUCAGACCGGUUUCCGCCCCAGCUGCGCAGCAUGUGCCACUGCCUGUACCAGGUGCUCAACAAGCGCUUCCCCAACUUCCCGCACAACAUCAGCGCGGUGGGCACUGUCAUCUUCCUGCGCUUCAUCAACCCGGCCAUUGUUUCCCCAUACGAGAUGGGCAUAGUGGACCGGCAGCCAUCGUCACGUGUCAAGAGGGGCCUGAUGCUCAUGUCCAAGAUCCUGCAGAACAUUGCCAACCACGUGGAGUUUAGCAAGGAGCAGCACAUGCUGCCCUUCAACGACUUCCUGCGCGCCAACUUUGAAGCCGGUCGCAGAUGGGUGAUGCAGAUAACGUCGGACUGCGAGUCGGUGGAGCCCGGCAGCCAUAGUAUGUCGUUUGUGAGCGACGCCAACGUGCACGCUCUGCACCGGCUGUUGUGGAACCACCAGGAGAAGAUCGGGGACUACCUGUCGAGCUCGCGGGACCACAAGGCGGUCGGGAGGCGCCCCUUUGACAAGAUGGCCACCCUGCUGGCCUACCUGGGGCCACCCGAGCACAAGCCCAUGGACUCGCAGUGGAGCAGUAUGGACAUGACGAGCACCAAGUUCGAGGAGAUCAUGUCCAAGCACAACAUGCACGAGAAGGACGAAUUCAAGUCCAUCAAGUCGCUCAACAUCUUCUACCAGGCGGGCACGUCCCGUGCUGGAAAUCCGGUCUUCUACUACAUUGCCCGCAGAUACAAAAUUGGGGAGACCAAUGGCGACCUGCUCAUCUACCACGUAAUCCUCACUCUGAAACCCUUCUGCCACAAGCCGUUCGAGCUCAUUGUUGACUUCACGCACACCUGUGCUGACAACCGGUUCAGGACGGAGUUCCUGCAAAAGUGGUUUGUGGUGCUGCCAGAGGUGGCAUACGAGAAAGUUCAGGCAGCCUACGUGUACAACUGCAACUCGUGGGUGCGCGAGUACACCAAGUACCACGACCGCAUCCUGGCACCGCUCAAGGGCAACCGCAAGCUGGUGUUCAUGGACACCCCGCAGCGGCUGCACGAGUACAUUGAACCCGACCAGCAGCGCCUGCCGGGUGCCACCCUCGCCUUGGACGAGGACCUCAAGGUGUUCAACAAUGCCCUCAAGCUCUCCCACAAGGACACGAAGGUUGCCAUCAAGGUUGGUCCGACAGCCAUCCAGGUGACCUCUGCCGAGAAGACGAAGGUGCUCAGCCACUCAGUUCUUCUUAACGACGUCUACUAUGCUUCCGAGAUCGAGGAGGUGUGCCUAGUGGACGACAACCAGUUCACCCUGACCAUCGCCAACGAGAGUGGCCCACUGUCCUUCAUCCACAACGACUGUGAUAGUAUCGUCCAGGCCAUCAUCCACAUACGUACCCGCUGGGAGCUCUCGCAACCUGAUUCAGUGACGGUGCACACCAAGAUCCGACCCAAGGACGUUCCGGGCACGCUGCUCAACAUGGCCCUGCUCAACCUGGGCAGUUCAGACCCCAACCUGCGGACUGCUGCAUACAACCUCCUGUGUGCGCUUACAGCCACCUUCGAUCUCAAGAUCGAAGGACAGCUGCUGGAGACUGCUGGUCUGUGCAUCCCGUCUAACAACACCAUCUUCAUCAAGCAGAUCAGCGAGAAACUGGCGACCAAUGCGUCGCACCUGACGCUGGAGUUUCUGGAAGAGUGCAUCCAGGGCUUCCGGGCGUCAUCUAUCGAGUUGAAGCACUUGUGCCUGGAGUACAUGACCCCGUGGCUGCCCAACCUGACACGUUUCUGCAAGCACUCGGACGACAGCAAGCGCCAGCGGGUGGCCACCAUCUUGGACAAGCUCAUUACCCUGACCAUCGAGGAGGUGGAGAUGUACCCUUCCAUCCAGGCCAAGAUCUGGGGAAAGAUUGGACAGGUGUCCGACCUGCUGGACAUGGUCCUCGACAGCUUCAUCAAGAGAAGUGUCACUGGUGGCCUAGGCUCUGCUCAAGCAGAGAUCAUGGCCGACACGGCUGUGGCUCUGGCUUCCUCCAAUGUCCAGCUGGUAGCCAUGAAAGUCAUCAGCCGGCUAUGCAGGGUAAUAGAGAAGACAUGCACGUCGCCCACGCCCACCCUGGAGCAGCACCUCAUGUGGGACGACAUUGCCAUCCUGGCACGCUACCUGCUCAUGCUGUCCUUCAACAAUUCACUGGAUGUGGCCAGCCACCUGCCAUACCUGUUCCACAUUGUGACGCUCCUGGUGCACACUGGGCCAGUCUCCCUGCGUGCUUCCCUCCAUGGCCUGGUCAUCAACAUCAUACACUCCCUGUGCACCUGCACCAAGCCCUCGUUCAAUGACACGCAGCGCGUCCUCAGGCUAAGCUUGGAUGAGUUCUCGCUGCCCAAGUUCUACCACCUGUUCGGCAUUGGCAAGGUGAAGUCGACGGCAGUGACGGCCUUCCGGUCCAACUGCCGACACGGACUGCUGGACCGGUCCUUCGCCUGCGCCACAGCCGACCAGGAGCGCAUGCCGCUCGCUUACCUCGAGAUCAUCACUGACGCCCUCCUUGAGAUCAUGGAGGCGUGCAUGAAGAACCUUCCCAGCUGCGACUGGCUCACCCAGUGGACGGCACUGGCGAAGAGCUUUGCCUUCCGCUACAACCCAGCCCUGCAGCCGCGGGCUCUCAUUGUGUUUGGCUGCAUCAGCAAAGGGGUGACGGACCAGGAGGCCAAGCAGUUGCUGCGCGUCCUUGUCAAGGCACUCGAGGCCUUCCAGGACCUGCAGCUGAUCGACGCCAUCAUCAUGGGCCUGACGCGGCUGCAGCCCCUGCUGCGGCCGGAGUCCCCCAUCCACAGGGCCCUCUUUUGGGUGGCCAUCUCGGUGCUCCAGCUGGACGAGAUGGCCCUGUACGCCUCUGGGCUGGCCCUGCUCGAGCAGAACCUGCACACACUUGACUCGCAGGGCAUGUUUGACACACCACCCAACACCCUGCGGAACAUCAUGAUGAGCACCCGGGAGCCCCUGGAGUGGCACUUCAAGCAGCUCGACCACUCCGUUGGGCUCAGCUUCAACUCCAACUUCCACUUUGCACUCGUCGGACACUUGCUCAAGGGUUUCAGGCACCCGACAGCCACGACAGUGUCCCGGACAGCACGGGUGCUCAGCAUGCUGUUGGGCAUUGUGGCCAAGCCACACAAGAGGGACAAGUUUGAGGUGACACCGGAGAGCGUGGCCUACCUGGCUGCGCUUGUGUCGGUGUUGGAGGAGGUGCGCAGCCGUUGCCAUCUGAAACAUCGGGUGUCGACGCGGGUGGCAUCAGAGGCCCUGGCACGCACACCGCCCAGCCCCGUGCCCAGCUCUCUGGCGGCGCAGUCGGCAUCGCCUUCCUCGUCGGCCAUUGGAGGCGCUUCCUCUCCAUCGGCCACAGGUGCAGCAGCACCCAGUCCACCAACAUUCCUCAUGCCUGCUGGGGGCAGCAGCAGUGCCAACCAGCUGCACCCUCCCCCUCCACUGGGCCAGCAACAACAGCAGGGCGGCCGGCGCCAGAAGUCCUGGGACCUGCUUGACCAGAACGCCCUGGCACAGGCACGGCUCGCCAAGCAGGGGGUCACAACCCCUGCCCAGGGGGGAGGAGGAGGCCAGGUACAACAGCAGCAGCAGCAGCAGGCUGGUGGGGGCACGACGCCUGGCCCUCCAUCGUCGACCAAGGACCCCAAGUUCUGGCGCAGCCUGGACACUAGUGAGGGCGGGGGCCGCCCCCUGUUCCGCACCCAGCGCAGCAGCUCAAUGCCGACACCUCGGUCGCAGAAGGGGCCUCCCGGCACGGCCGAAGGGGACGCUGCCCUGGCACCCCCGCGUUCGUCCCGCGUGUCCGUCUCCAACGAGGACAACGUCCUGCUCGACCCCGAGGUGCUCACGGACUUCCCCACCCAGGCCCUGGUGCUCACUGUCCUCGCGACCCUUGUGCGCUUUGCGACGGAUGAAAACGAGACGCGCAUCCUGUACGAGUACUUGGCCGAGGCCUCUGUGGUCUUCCCCAAAGUGUUCCCCGUCAUUCACAGCCUGUUGGACGCCAAGAUUACGACGGUGCUGUCGCAGAACCACGACCACAUCAUCCUCAGUGCUGUGCAGUGCAUCAUCCAGAACAUGAUUGCCUGCGAGGACAGCAGCCAGCAGCAGCUGCACUACCUGCAGACCUGCGGCUUUGGAGGACUGUGGAGGUUUGCUGGUCCCUUCUCCACGAGCCAGACUAACUUGGACAACGCCGAGUUGUUUGUCAACUGCCUGGAAGCCAUGGUCGAGACGAGCCUGCCGGCCGACGAGGGCGAGCUCAGCCAGUACCCGAGCUCCCUGUCGGUGGCCUCGGCCAUCAACCUCUCCUCUUCCAUGAGCAGCCUGACACUGGCCUCUCCCACCGACAAGGACGGCGGGGCCUGCUCGGACGGGGGUGGAAGUGCACCCACACCCGGGUCGGGCGCCCCGCCCGACCGCGCCCGCUCAGCCUCCCAGCUGUCCAAACAGCGCAGCUUCAAAUGCAAAAACCCCAGUGGGUCAGGGGCACCCAAGAGCGGACGUACCUCGCACUGAACGGCUGUCAGCUGUGGGACCUUGCGACGACGGUGCAGGCUGUGAUGUGAUUACCUUUCAUUGGACACCCUUGCUCUGCAGUGCCAGGCAGGGUAGUUCUCCAGCCUGCCCUGUGAAACCUAGCCUACACUCCUGGGAUGGGACCAAGGUGUCUGCUUCUGACAACAUCCCACCGCACAUCACUAGCCAGUUCACCUCGCGUCAUAUCGAGGCAGCUGCAGUCUCGGUGAUGGUACCACAUCCAGGUCACCAGAUCUCUCGGGAACUAGGGUGAGAGGUGUCUCAGCCUCUGGUUCAAUGCUCGCUUUAAUGUGUGAGGCAACCCUUGGCUCACGGCUCGGCACUGACGUUGUUGUCGUCCUCUUCGGCAUAGAGGCCUAGGUGACGGCAUAGUUUUGGCGUGGAUGUUGUCUUUGUCCUUGUAGUACUGAUCGCUACAAUCGUUUUGACAGGGCCAUCCAAUUGCAACUACCUUGCAAAUGCCACUUGUCAGUGGCAGGGAUUCAGGCAACACGUUUGACAUCCCUGGAACUUAAGUCUUGGUAGCUGCGUCUCAUGCUGCAGCAGUGGUGCCGCAGUCUGUUUCAAAUGCCAUCACACUGUGUGCGAGAGCUUGAUGCUCUUAUACCAAGUGGUUACAGUCAUCUCUUUCUAGCUCUGCACAUUGGACGGUACUCAGAGCUUCACUACUAGCUAGCCCAGUCACCACGGCAUUUUUUCAUCUGCUGAUGAACCAGCACGGCAAGCAUUUUCGCAUUCCAUAUUGGAGUCAUAGCUCUGCAUGACAUUCUCAUUUAAUUCAUGCCGCAAUGCAUUGUAUGACCCCAUUUUUCGUGUUGUGGGGCAGCACAGCUUCAAGCUCUAAACAGCUGCCCAACAAGGGAGUGACUCAAUGAUUCUCUCGCAGGAAUCCAGCGUACACACUACACGCUGUUGUAAAAUGCAUGGUAAACGGAAAAGUGUCCUGACUUCUAUGUGGAGAGUGUGCUACUAUACAUGUCUGGUGUGCUCAGAAAGUGUUUAUGAGGGCCACAAAUCUACUGCUUGGAAGAGGACAGGAUCCUGAGCAGUCACAAUGAUCACAGUCUGCAGACUGAGCCAAAAGUUGUUUUCUACAUUUUGCAACUGUUGGCAUAAUGCCCUCGCGGCAGACCUCUGCAUUUAGCCCUAGCUGGAAGGUCGAAAAUCUUGCUCCCUCGAAGCAGUUAUUCAGUGGAACGCAACCAUCAAUGGAAAACUCAGGUAUCCCAGAUGUCAGCUAGUCUGGGGAGCCCACUGGCGAGGUUCUACUGCAACAGGUUUAUUUUGGUAUUGUUUGAAAGAAGCUCAGGCUCAUUUCUUAACUUGAAAACAAAUUAAGAAAGGCGCGUCAUCAUGAUGUUUUGCAUCUUGCGUACAGGACUCUUCUUCGGGACAAUCACCGAGGGUUCUUUCCGUGUCCCAUUUUUUGUGGUGCGAUUGACAAAGCAACUGAGAGCUUGGCAUCUUUUAGGUCGGCUGGUGACAACUAUGAACAAUAGUUGAUAACCAAAUGGCCAGUGGCUGAGGCAAAAUGUGCUGCAACUCUGUCGAGUGCACCCUUCUCGUGGUUUUGUGCAAACAGCACUGUCCCAGGCCUGUGUCGUUCCAGACGAUGGCCACAUUGUCACCUCUCGGCUUCCAGGGAGAAUGUGUUGAAUAAGGAGUCGGCAAAGGUCCGAAUGUUCAGAUCACUCUUGCAUACUCUCCGAAAGAGCCGCCAACGCUCUGCAUUGUUCGCAGCUCUGGAUGUUUACCAUAGACGAGGAGGAUGAACGUAUACUCCGUUUUGUACACAGCAGACAAUGCUACGAAGGCUAGAGAGAGUUCUAUGAUUGCUCUCAUGCGUGACCAAAAUUAGUGCGUCACAUAUGAAAGAAAUACACAUGGAGGAGGAAAAGGAGGAAGGAAAGGCAGGGAGGUCAACCAGACACAUUGUAUGCAUUAUGCUAUAUCUCAAAGUAACAUUGUCUUACAUUUUUACGUCACAGUGCCUAAUACAGUAGACUUCCGUUAAUUUGACUCCAGUUAAUUCAAUCUUUCGUUUAAUCCGAUCUCGACCGAAGGUCCCGGCCGGCACCCGUGCAUUUUUAUGGGCCCAAACAUUAAUUAUUUCGAUCCUAAAAUUGGCAUUCGCUGGAUAAUUCGAACUUGACCGGCGCGUAACUAUCCCUUUAAUGGCACCAGCUGUCUUGGCGGAACUUAGGGGACAGUGCGUGCGUUGGACACACAUCAUCUCACGUUGAAAACGCCUAUUAUCGGCCCGCCCUAGGGAGGUUUUCAAGCAGUAAUGGUAGCUAAAAAUGUCCGAUUACUGUAUUUACCCAAUUCUAAUGAGCGCCUUCUGUUUUAAUAAGCCGUAAGUUGCCCGCACGGUGCAAUCGAAAUGCAACCAAAACCACCUUCGCGGCAUUCAUACGCUUUACCGCAUAACAUGACUGUAUUGCGGCGAAGCUGACUUUAAAAACCUUGCUGCGAAGCUGACUUUAGGAAGCCGGCUACCAUUCUAAAAAAUCGGAUGCACGUUAUUAGAUUGAUAUUUUGGUUAGAAGCUUCAAGUAAUUUCUAUGUUAGUUUUCUACUUCGGACACAUGGAAAGUGGGUGCGCAUUUGAUUAGGAGACGUGUUAACUCUUUCCCUACCAUGGGGAAAAUUCGGGUUUUUUGUAUGCUACGGCAUAUUUUUUCUGAAGAAACUGCUGCACUCAAUAUUUAAUGUAAUACAUAAACAGAAACCAAAAUGAAUGCACUUUUCACGCAUAAAAGUUUUAUUAACAAGAUGUAUGUCAAAAAAAGAUAUAAAUUGUUAAAAUCAAGAUUAUGUGAUAAAAUUGAACAAGGUUUGUAAAGACGCGCUUAUAUCUACUAAGAAAAAAAUAUUAUGAAAAUUAUGAAAUAUACAGAAUGUAUUGCCGUCUAUUAGGCACUAUCUCCGAAAAAAAUCAAAAUUUUUCAUUGAACAGGUAUUUCGCUACAAAAAUUUAACUGCAAGCACUACAGUUGGGCAUGCCGGGCUGCGGCCGCCGAUGUUCCGGGCUGGUUUGCGUCGUCUUCGCUUUCAGACUUAAAGUCCGAUAAAAAGUCAGCGUCCUCUGACUCGCUGCUAUUCGAUGUAUCGAUAAGAUCAGCCGCAGAGGCAGCGGAAUCGCGAUAUCUACGAUCUCUGUAAGCGCGCGUGCCGUUUUGGGAGCCGGACAUUUUUGUGUUCUGCUUUGACGAUCGCGAAACUUCGGAGCGUGUUUAAAAAUCACCGCCUCACGGGAAAAAAGCUAAAUGCUUAGAAAACGAAAGUAGAGUUCUCUUCCUUCACGUCCGAUAACGCAGUAUGUCCGUGAGCGGCGCCGGAGGUCUCGAAAGUGGCGUUUCAAACCAUCGAAAGAGGGCUAACCCUGCCCAAUGGGCGAGGUACGAAAAGAGUUAAAUUCUAGCAAAUACAGUGAAAUCUCGUUGAUACAAUCUUCACGGGAACUGGAAAAUAAAAUGUAUCAUCUGAAACUUGUAUUAUCCGAAAACAAUCGUAAGUAAGAAAAAAAAAACUUGUGUACAAGAAAGAAAACGUAUUAUCCCGUAAAAUGUAUCAUGCAGAAUCGUAUCAACGAGAUUCUACUGUACUGCCAAAUGAAUCAGCGAGGUGUUCUGGCGUUUUUUCUGCAUCUUGUUUAAUUUGACUCGCCAUAUAAUUCAAUCAAUUUUGUCGGUCCCAUCGGGCCAAAUUAACGGAAGUCGACUGUAUAGUUAGGAAGGUGUUGCAGCCGUAAACUUCUUUACCACCUGACGAGUGAAGUGACCCCUCUCGGACUAGCAGUGACAGUGGACUGCCUUUGCUCACGAGCAAAACAUAGUAUGCGGCAUAACUGCAAGAACAAAGGUUCACAAACAGUACGUGAUUUGACGUAACCUUAUGUGAACAAGUUGUAGUUGUAACGUGUGAAGUACUUAUUCCGUAGAAGGUGCUGCAAAUCACAAACAACUGCGAUGCGUAUGUGGCUGGUCAGACUUCUAUGACUGCACUAAAGUAGCUUCUGCAGUGUUGCCUAUUAAGCAUAGAACAGUGUAUAGUAUCGUUGUGUGGCCACCUUUAAGGGAACAGUAAAGUGCCACAGUAAGUUUGUUUGGUCAGACAGUGUAAUCUUUGAAGCUGUGAUUUUCAUUUACCUGCUAGGAACAAAAGUUGGUCAGCAGAGAACAGGUGAGAGAUUCCUUUAGAAGUUUUUGCGUUGGCUGCAGUAUGUUAAUGUGAUGUUGCAGGUUUAAAAGUAUUUUCACAUUUUCGGGGCCAUCUCUUUUUUGAAAAAGUUCAGUGAAAGUGAGUAGGUUAAAUCUUUUGUUCCUUUAGAAGGCAGUGUAAUUAUGGUUUAUUGAUUCGCUGUUAGCUAAUGCUGAGCAGAUGCUUUUAAAUGUUCAUGACGUGGUAAGUUUGAGGUAGCAUUUCUUGUUCUUGCAUAUAUUCAGGCUUACAAAGACUCAGACUGCAGUUAGACCGACCUUUAUGGUAUUCCAAAAGUCUGAUUAUAAUAAUUACAUAAGUGCAAUAAUCAAUUUCACUUAACCUAACAGCAUUCCUCUUUAAUGUCCCUACAAGACGUGCUAAUUGACUUGAUUGGAGUGCUACUGCCCGUGCCUGAGGGCAUUGUGAUAGGCUUUGCUGCUGGAUUCCUGCUCUCUGCUAGGACAGUGGCCUUCACUAGGUUUAUUAACAUUGCCCUGUUUUUGUGCAAGUCACAAAAUUUUUUUUUUCAGUGGUUUCCAAUACAGUCGCACAAUUCUAAACCAUUGCUCCAGCAAGGUUUAGAAUCUCUAUCUUGCUAUGCGUUUUGUACUGUUCAUUAAGCAGAGCGCACUCGCAAAUGUGAUCGUGAUUUCAGGUGUGAAUUACUCCUGGCCUGGUGCGUCUAUAGCUUCCAGAAUUUCUAUUCCACAAUGGCGUGCUCGAGUUGGGGAGACUUAGAAACUCCUUUUUCCUGCGUGAUCUGUGCAAGAAUACCUCCCGAGGUAAGAAGGCCCGGCCAGAGCAGGACCACUUCCAAGGUUGUGAGACUUGUGUUGCAUCGCUGCGUCCAGCUUUUGAUAUCACGAGCGCUUGAAAGGAUCGGCAACGGGCCUGCGAUUGAAAGGCCGCGAGGCUGGGCUGCGCUUGUUGAGUUGGAACAAAAUGCACGUUGAAAGCAAGUUGUAUGGACGACUUGGCUGAGUAGUAGUAGUAGUCGACACUUCUAGGUUACUGUCAGUGACCUUUUUUUCAUUGCCAUCACAAGACCGAUGACGGAGACACGUUAUUUGCAACAUGCCCACUGAGAUUGAGUGUGUUCUGCCAAGGCACACAUAGACGAAUAUUUAGAGGCUACCCUCUGUGCUGGGUGAAGACAGCCGUCAGCUUGCCACAAACUAAAUUUGCUAUACGACCUAAAUAUUUUUUCAUGUCCUGGCAGAUUUACCACCACCUAUUCAAAUCUGUUCUAUUCACAUUGACCACAGCUGUCGCACCACCUAGUUGCCAGACACUCAAAGGGCUUGAGUAGUGUUUGCUAACCUUGGAGGCCAUCAAGUUCCCGACUGUCUUUAUCGUCAGCUGCAUGGCGGGACAAGCGAUAGAUCUUGCCAGUCACGUGCAACAGACAUCAGAAAUGGGUCGUGUUUCUGUGAGGCGCCAACAGGGGAUAGCAAGCUGAUAAUAAUGUAGAGAUGUUGGUAGCACUGGUGUCAUGUUAUAGUAUCUCGUUUAUUUGACUCACACUCAACAGCCCUUCAUUGAGGCCUCAGUGGUGUUGAUCUCACCAGGUGCCAAGCUUAAGCACUCUCAAACUAUGGCUCUAUUCCAUCGAUGGCAUUGGAGUGCCUCUUGUAAGACGAGGAAUAUUUUAUAUUUUGUGCCAAUGGUAGCCGCACCACAGACAGCCAAAAGAAGACUUUUCGCUUGCCAAGCUUGAAACUACAUUUGUGCUUGGCGUAAGUGUAGCUGCAAGUCCGGCGCUGUGAUGUCCUCUUCGUUUGCUUCGUUGGAUCAAGCUUUUCAAGAUGUACCAACUUUGCUGAUUCCCAAUCCUUCUGCACUUUUUACUCGAUUCGUGUCCUACAUGUGCCGAAUGAUUUUUUGUGUCCAUACAGUGUGUCUGGGCCAUUGACAGUUGGGAUGAGGACGAUUUGAAAAGACUGCAAUUGGCUCAGUGCAUUUUUGAAAGUGGUGACCAUAAGGGGUCAUAGGUGCUGUCCCAUGUCAGUUGGCGUUGAGACGUUUCUUUCCAUAGCAUUGGUACGCGCAAGUUUUCCCGAGAAUCGUGAGCUUUGGAGACCAUGCUGUCUCUCUCGUCUGCUGCUUCGGCAUGGAAUUCAGAGAGCUGAGCUGCAGGUUGUGGUGUGUUCACAUCAAGGAGCCACUUAAUGUUUUCCCAUCAACUCUGGUGGUGGUGUCGUUUUGUACGCAGUACAGGAUCGUGGCUUAUACGGCUUUGGCAAGCAAUGCAUCUUCAUUACCUACACAGACCUGCAGGGAAGCAAAGUGUCCAGUCAAGUUGCUUUCAUUGUGACUCGGGCCAUUUUCUUGCCAGCUGAAGUAGUCUCCAGCGUCAACAGCGACACACACAAGACACAAAUACAAAAUGAAGAGUACAAAUAGUAAGGAGUUUUCAUGAAACGAGGCUGUGAUGUUUCAUAAGUGGCAUUCUGUAUGUUGUUUUAACUUUUUUUUUUUUACAUCGACUCUGGCAGCCAGUGUUGUUGGUGUCCUAGGGGUGCAGUCAGUGUGUGAUGAUUGUAUAGCUCUGUGGUUGCACACUGCGCCAUCUGAGGCAGAUGUGAGAAUUUCAUUUCCCCACCUCCGCACAGUUACCAGAGCCCUGCAUUCCUCGGGCCUCACGUUCCACACUGUUAAGUGUUGAAAGAGACAGUGUAACCGUGUGCACACAGAAGGACACAGCUGGAGGACAGCAGUGGCGAACGGUGCGUCGUCUGGCACAAAGCCGCAGUUUGUCGUCUGCUCGAGCCACACUGCGGCUCUCGCCCUAGAAAGUGUGACGGACCUUGGUCAACUUGUGAUGUGAGAAGGAGACACCCUUCUGCCAAAGGAGUUGCGCACGAAAGACAUUCUGGAGGACAAUUCUUGGGGUGUGCUUUCGACACAGUGCGUGGUGUUCACCCAACUGCGUCGUCGACACCCAUGCGUGCAUCGGAGGAUUAGUGCGUGUCGUGACACGUGCUUCUCGCACUCGGUGUUCAUUCCCCCCAUUUCUUUUCGCUGUUGUUGUUGCUGUUGUUGCUGCCAUCAUUGUCAUUCAUGCCAUGAUCACGUGACAUCAUGACUCGGCGUUGUUUUGCACGCUGUGUCUCCAUCUGGGUUUGCCAGUUGAUGGGCGAGAUAGAGGUUGAUUGCCUCUUCCACUCGCUGUGGAGAGAGAGAGAAUGUGUUCUAAUUUAUUGCGUGGUUCUAGUUUUUACAUCUUUCUACGGGAAAAGGAGGCCUGCUCCUGUAGAUGUGCGCGAGUGGUGUGUGUGUGUGUGUGUGUGUGUAUGUGUGUUCAUGGGGCGUGCGUGUUGGGUGUGCACAUGUCCCUCGGCAUGUUGUUUGCCCUGGUCUCUGCAUGUGUUGCAGAGCCACUGCAGAAUGUGCUUCACUUCUUGGCAGUGAGUAUGCACAUGUUCAGCAUAUGUGUCAUCGUCACUGCACAUAUUGCUACGGGGAGAGAGAUGAAUAUCAUUCACUGUUUUCUUCAAACGAUGUUCUUUUGAGAGAGCUGACCACCCCCCCUCUUGUUUUUGUUUUGUUUUCAUCUUGUGUUGCAUACAUUUGUGCCGUGAAAAACUUCUCGUUUGUGUGCUGUUCCAUGUCCUGACUGCUCACAUGUGUGGAAAACAUUGUGCGGAAAAUCGAGGCUCCCCUUUCUCUCAACUUAUUCGCCUAUCUUUGCUGGAGCAUCAUAAGAUGACAGAUUCUGUGUCUUUCUGCAUGUUCAUGUAAAAUUCUGUGUAUAAGUUGUGGUGGAUAGGGUCUUACAGAGAAAGAGGAAAGAAAGUAGUUAACCUGCUUGUUUCAGACGUGUACUUUACAGUGUCCUGAAAAAAACAAAACAAAAAGUGCUGUGAUGGUGAAGGAUGUUUCACUUUCUGAGAAAGCAUUUGUAGGCAGUAAGGACGUGCUGACAAUGUGCCAUCCUAAGCUUAGAGCUGGAGCACUGUCUAGCAUGUUUGUUCGCUCUUGAGAGAUACGUAAGGCUUAAAACGUGUGACUAUCCCACAUGUGCCAAAACUGCCAAGCAAAAUGGCAUAAAAUAUCCAUACUGACUUUCACAGUUAGCAUUUUUGGGCUUACCACUGCUUUGUUUCCUGCUCAAACUUUUCAGCAUGAUCACAUUUCUUAAUUGUUUAGCGUCGUCCAACAAAACACUUUGCUUUGGUGCUUGCCUUGUUUGUCUUGAAAACAGUGAAAAACCUACGAGUGACCCGCUACAUAGACUUGUGACUGGUUUUGCCACCUCUUGGCAACUAAGGAAAACAGCUUAGUUAACGGCUCUGGCAGGAUGACAUUGCAUGUUGAGAUGCUUCAGUUCUAUUAUGUGACAUUUUGUGAUCUCAUUCAAAACAACAAGAUGAAGCAGAAAUUUCGCUGCGAGCCCACACAGUUGACUUGCUGCACGUGCUAUCCACAUUGUUUUCUUUAGUUGCCGACAUGUGGCAAAACCAGUUCAAGUUCAUGCAGCAGCUCUCUCGCGUGCGUAGGGAAGUGGUUUUCUCACUUCUUUCCGGAUGACACAGGCAACCAAUGAUGCCGUGUGGCUUGUUUGUUGUGAAAUUUGACUCCAAACAAAGCAGCAGCAAGUGCAAAAUAUUUUCUUGAAGUUUGCAUAACAGUGCAGAUUGCUGUAAUUUGGCAAAUGUAGCAAGCGCUUCACUGUUCCCUUUCCAUGAGUGGUGAUCCUACAGAAUGCCUCUCUUUCACACACAAAAAAAAAGUACUAGGACACGACACAUGGUUCUAGUUGUUGGGCGUUUCAAGGCUCUUCAUUCGAUUAGGGUUGGUACGUACGGUGCUCACUAUGCUAACAAAAGAGCAGCCAGUACAUUCGUGCUCUUUUAAUCUGUACCAGCACACUUUGUGAGGUCUGGCUUUAGUGGCACCUUUGCGGCGUGCUUGGACGAGAGAGAACGUUGGCACAAAUUUGUUGUGACGGCUGCGCCCCUUUAAUCACGCGUGAUGCGUGCCGUCGCGAGCUUCUAUGGUGUGUGAUCUUGUGCUGCCUGCAGAAAUUCUACAGUGAAGGAAGUGUCUAUUUUUUGUAACUGUUCCGACCGGAGCAGCCGUGUUGGUUACUGUUAACUCUCCCUCCCCCGUUUUCCAAGUUGGCCAGUUGCGUAUACCAAAGCACCACCUCUUGCUCGUCCUGCUGUUCCGCCCUUCUGUCGGGAACUGUGAUGUGGAGUCGGCGCACUGCCAGGCCUCGUGCUAGCAUAGUGCGCCGUCUCAGCAGCUCAUGUAUUGUUAAAUGUAUAUCAGAAUUAAAGUCAUAUCUUUUA